UUUGCUGAGAACAAGAUCUGGGCUUGGCCAGCCGGCACAGAUAUAGCUGAGCACUGAUUUCCUAGGCCAGUCUGCCUCUAUAGUCUCCCUGAGGUGCACACAAAGAUGCCCUUGGAAAAAAUGGAAGAUCUUCAACUGGAUGAAAAAUACCUACAACCAGAAACUGAAGAAGUGAAUGGAAUCCUUAUGACCAAGAUGAUCAGUGAUAACUGGGACAAAAUUUGGAAUUUUCAAGCAAAACCUGAUGACCUUUUAAUAGCAACUUAUGCAAAGGCAGGUACAACCUGGACACAGGAGAUUGUAGAUAUGAUCCAAAAUGAUGGAGAUGUGCAGAAAUGUCAGAGAGCUAACACCUUUGAUAGGCAUCCUUUCAUUGAAUGGACUCUACCUCCACCUCUCAACUCAGGUUUGGAUUUGGCCAUCAAAAUGCCUUCUCCUAGAACUCUGAAGACUCAUUUACCAGUUCAGUUGAUCCCACCUUCAUUUUGGAAAGAAAAUUCAAAGAUCAUAUAUGUGGCUAGAAAUGCUAAGGACUGUUUGGUGUCAUACUAUCAUUUCUCAAGAAUGAACAAAAUGGUGCCUGAUCCUGGUACAUGGGAGGAAUAUGUUGAGACAUUCAAAGCUGGAAAAGUGCUGUGGGGGUCCUGGCAUGACCAUGUAAAGGGAUGGUGGGACGUCAAAGACAAACACCGCAUUCUUUAUCUCUUCUACGAAGACAUGAAGGAGGACCCAAAGCGGGAAAUUCAGAAGAUAGUGAAGUUCCUAGAAAAAGAUAUAUCAGAGGAAGUUCUUAAUAAAAUCAUCUAUCACACAUCAUUUGAUAUUAUGAAGCAAAAUCCAAUGGCCAACUAUACCACUUUGCCUACCAGCAUCAUGGACCACUCCAUCUCCCCCUUUAUGAGAAAAGGGAUGCCUGGGGACUGGAAGAACCACUUUACUGUGGCCCAAAAUGAAGAUUUUGACAGGGACUAUCAGAAGAAGAUGGAAGGAACCACCUUGACUUUCCGCACAGAGAUCUGAGAGUAACCAAAGAUACAGACUGGUCUUUCUUAGGCCUUAGGCAUUUAAGUAGAGUGAUCAAUGAUACUUAAAUUAAAACUUAAAAUACCCAUUCAGUCCUGAGAUUUAAGAAAACAUUAUAAUUAUAAGCUACUAUUAUAUCAUCAAAAUAUCAAACCCUAGGUACAACAUUAAAUUUCUAGCAUUU